CUUAUACUUUCGUUAUCAACCAAAAAAAAUUUAAAUUAUAAAUUAAUAUUUUAUGAUGUAUAAACUUUAGGGAUUAUGUUUGAGUGGUUGUGAACAACAAGAAGGAAAUAAAAAAUUUGAAGAAGCAUUUAUGAAUCGAUUUCCUGGGUUAACACAAUCACUUACAGUUUCAAGUGAUACAAUAGGUGCAGUGUUUACUGUAAAUCCCCAAGGUGGUCUGGUUUUAAUAGCAGGUACUGGAUCAAAUUCAUUAGUAAUAAAUCCUGAUGGAACAGUUGCCAGAUGUGGUGGAUGGGGACAUUUGUUAGGUGAUGAAGGCUCAGCUAUAUGGAUCUCUUUAAAAGCAGUUAAGAUGGUCCUUGAUACUGAAGAUAAUUUUAUUUCUCCACUACAUGAUACCCAGUGUGUUAAUAGGUUGAUUUUAGAACAUUUUAAUGCAAAGAAUAAAUUUGGAAUUUUAGAACAUUGUUAUAUUAAUUUCAAUAAAAGUCAGUUUGCUGGAUUAUGUAAAAAAUUAGCUGAUGCUGCAGUAAAUAAUGAUGAUCCUUUAUGUAAACAUAUAUUUUAUGAAGCUGGUGUAAUGUUAGGUAAUCAUGUAGUAGCUUUAAUUCCAAAGAUUCACCAGAAAUUAUUGCAUCAGGAAGGAGGACUGCCAAUUAUUUGUGUAGGUUCUGUCUUUAAAAGUUGGAACCUUUUGAAAGAUGGAUUUUGUUCAAAAGUAAAUUGUAAAUUACAAGAGUAUACACUGUUGAGAUCAGUUCAGUCUACAGCUGUAGGUUCUGCCUAUAUUGGUGCUAAAACAGCAGGUUUUAAAUUGCCUAUUAAUUUUUCUAAAAAUGCAGAAAUUAUGCAUCAUUUUAAAGCAUAAAAUUGAAAUGACAUAAUAUACGAAGUGCCAAAUAAUAAAAUCUGCAU